GGUCGGCAGCUGUGAGUGGUGGUGGAUGUGUUAGUGAUGAUGGGUAUACGGGUGACGAAACGAUUUGUGAUAAGCCACAGCCCCGCGAAAUGGCGCAUCACUCACAGCUGGUGCCUGGAUGUGUGUGAAUUGUGAAAUCUAUUGAAUUUUUUCCCCAUUAAAUACUGUGUGUUGCAAUGUAGCUACUCCUUGGCCACAGUGGUGAGUGAGCUCGAAAGGACGAUUUCGUUACUGCUUCGAAUAACUCCGGUACCAUUUAUUGUACGUGCUGCCUAGGCGUUAGAUGAUGUGGGCGAGGCAUUGACCGAGGCUGGCGACUGAAGGAGCUGACAAUGGCUUUCGAAGGAAUGGUGACCUACAUUUCAAGAGUAAUUACGUUGCUGGUGGUUGUUAUGGCUGCUGCUGCUACUACUGCUGCUGCUGCUGAGGUGUUUGUUUUGACACGUCAUGAUGAUUUUCAACGCUGUAACACUUGGUGCGGCAGUGGACGUUCACUUACAACGAGGCUUCGAAAAGGUGACAUAAGGAUGGCAAUGGAAGACUUCCCUAAGGGCGUGUUUCCGUCACGUUUAGUACUUCAGGCUGUGGAGGAUGCGAUUAGUGUGAUGAUGCGGGACGGACUUGUGGUGGUGCUUCAUGACGGUCAGUCCAACACCGAGAAUGUGCUGCAGGGAGUCCUGGCCAGCCUCGGUGUGCAGCUCAUCCUCGUGGACCUAGGAUACCCAGGAGUGACUGAGGCCGUGUGGCUUGGGGACUUCAACAGUGCCUUCUAUGUCCACCUUCUUAUAUUCGAUGAUCCAGCUACUGUGGAGGACUUCUUGGAAUGGGUGCCUGAACACACGUGGGCGCCGCGACAACUACUGCUCCUCAACAUUAACUGGUCAUUGAACGCGACCACGAUCCUGAGUCACCCCAGGCUUCGCCACUCCUCCUUCCUCACCCUUUUGCAACCACACCUUAAGAUAGGAGGAGAGCCCGCCUAUCGCAUCCUCACCUACGAAACUUUCAAGCCGGGAAACAAGAUUGUCCAUCGAGGAAACUUGAGUCCGUCGUCUUCGUUCAGUUCUCUCUUUCCUGACCGUUUUUCUACCUUCCACGGCCACCACUUCCAAAUCUCCAGCUGGAUCGAUGACUUUCCUUAUAUCAUUAAAGGCGAGACGUUAAACGACACUUAUGGAAUUGGUGUCAACAUGCUCAACGACAUCGCAAAUAUUUAUAACUUUACAUACCAGUUAUCCGAGCAGUCCGAGGACGGUAUGUGGGGCGACCUGAGCAACGGUUCCUGGCGGGGCAUGAUCGGCGAGGUGAAGAGAGGUGACAGAGAUUUUUGCAUCAAUGUGAUGAGCAUCACGAGAGACCAGUUUCGUGCCGUGGACUUCAGCGUGCCCUACAAUGUGGAUGGUUUCUCGUUUCUGUUGAGGAAUCCACUCCCUCCUCCGAGGUGGUGGUCUAUCGUCUUCCCCCUGAGCUGGGAGGCGUGGAUCGCUGUCUUGGUGUGUGUGCUUACGCUGCCAUGGCCACUAUUUCUGCUCGUCAAGCUUGAUGUGGCAUCUCCCAGUCAAGUUCACAGGGAGUCCAAGGUCUCGCUUAAUAGGAUGUAUCUAGAGGUGAUGAAGAUAGUCCUUCACCAGAACUCGAUGCAACCUUCAUCAGUUACUUCCGUCAGGAUCUUCUUGGGCGUCUGGUUUCUGGCGGCGAUGGUGUUGUUUAUCUCCUACACCGGGAACUUGGUGGCGUACAUCACAGUGCCCGCCAAGCCACAGAUGCUGACCAUGGUGGACCAGUUGGCAGAAGCGGAUGUCAUACCCAUAAUGUUGGACUACGGAACAUUCAUCCCUGCGUUACUGAAUGCCUCGAAGGACCCAACGUUGAAAAAGCUCGGCGAAAAGUUGCUGCUGGUUGAUGAUAACUCCGAUAUGGCAUUUGAUAUGGUGCAUAAGGGAUACGCUUUUCUGGAGGGAGCGGAGUACUUCAGAUACAUCGUUAUCACUCACCGAGUCACCAAUGUUUACUUCCUUCAGGAGAUGCUGUUUCCUACUUAUAUAGGAUGGAUCUUUCCGAAAAACACGGCCUGGAAGCAUAAGUUUGACCUUUACAUACAAAGAUUUGUAGAGACCGGCUUCAUCUCUUUCUGGAAAAAAUGGCUUGCAGAUAACUUGCGGAAGGAAAUGAAUCUGACGGAAGGGGCAGGGGUGAAGCAGGAGAGAAGACCGCUCAAUCUUGACGACUUAAAGGGAGUGUUCUUGGUGUAUCUGGCUGGACUUGUGGCUGUCUUGGUGGCUGGCACCUCGGAAAUUCUACAUCAUCACCAAGAUCUUAUUAUCAGCGGAAGAAAAUGAAUCAUAACCUCCCAUGUGUGCAGUGUACUGGUUUUGCUUUCAACACACACACACACACACACACACGACCUAUGAUAUCUCAUGAUACUUUCGAUCUGUCAUUAUUUCGCAUAUAUGUUUUCUCUUUAUGAACGGAUUGUUGUUUGGAACGUUGUCUCUAACAACCAAUCAU